AUGACCUCGUUGUCUCUCGGCCUUUCCCCUUCUCUUUCCCCCCAUCUUCCCAAAAUUCCUCCCUCAAAGUCUUCACGUCUUCCUUCAAACAUUCCUCUCCGGACCCUUCGUCCUGAUAAUCAACAACACCAAGACCCGGAUUCACAAGCGACGUCAUUGCUCGCGUCCCGCAACGACCACGAUCGUGCCUACGACGACGAUAGCGACGAUAACGGCCAACACCGCCCCGACGUUGCCAAAUCUCAUCGUCGCUCGUCUUAUUCUGGCUCUGAAUCGUCGUGGACAGACACCGGCGAUAUUGGCGAGCAGCUGGCCGACGAGCACGACCCUGUGCGUCUACAGCUCUCUUCAGACGUCGAGGACGAACUUCUGGCCAACGUUCAUCGCCGACAUCCCAAGCACGGCAACCAGAAGAGGGUUCGCAUCCAGGACUCACAUCACCACCGUCAUUCUCAGUCGCGAUCUGCCCUUAUCAACAAGGAGGCUAUUGAGGUUCCCAACUUCAACCCCCCAGGUCCCUCUCGCGCUGAACGUGUACUCGGCGCCAUCAUGGCUGGACGUACAGGUUCAAUCCAUGGCCUGACAGGCAAGGCCCUGAUCUACUUCACCAGUAUCUUCGUAUCACUCGGUGUUUUCCUUUUUGGAUAUGAUCAAGGUGUCAUGUCAGGUAUAAUCACUGGACCAUACUUCAUGGAUUAUUUUGAUCAUCCUUCCAAGGCAUACGUUGGUACUAUGGUUGCUAUCUUAGAGAUUGGUGCAUUCAUCACUUCCCUGAUGGUCGGUCGCAUUGGCGACAUCAUCGGUCGAAGACGCACCAUCUUCUACGGGUCUUGCAUCUUCUUCGUCGGAGGUGCUCUCCAGACUCUGGCUACUUCCAUGCCCAUGAUGAUGGCCGGACGUUUCGUUGCCGGUUUCGGAGUUGGCAUGCUCUCGACCAUUGUGCCUGUUUAUCAAUCUGAAAUCUCGCCCCCUCAUAACCGAGGAAAACUGGCAUGUAUCGAGUUCACAGGAAACAUCGUCGGUUACUCGACAUCUGUCUGGGUUGAUUAUGGCUGCGGCUAUAUUGAGAGUGACUAUUCUUGGCGCAUUCCUCUUGGACUGCAAUGCUUCAUGGGGGCUCUGCUUGGACUCGGCAGUCUGGUCAUUGUUGAAUCACCUCGGUGGCUUUUGGACAACGAUCAUGACGAAGAAGGGAUGGUGGUCAUUGCUAAUUUGUACGGAGGUGGCGACAUCCAUGAUCCCAAGGCUCGAGAUGAGUAUCGCGAGAUCAAGAUGAACGUCCUUCUUCAACGCCAAGAAGGCGAGCGAACAUAUAAGGACAUGUUUCGUCGAUACAAAACCCGAGUUUUUAUUGCAAUGUCCGCCCAAGCGCUCGCCCAGCUCAAUGGCAUCAACGUCAUCUCCUACUACGCACCAUACGUCUUUGAGUCUGCUGGUUGGGUUGGUCAUGACGCUGUCCUCAUGACUGGUUUCAACAGUCUCACAUAUCUUAUGUCAACAAUUCCACCAUGGUACUUGGUGGAUCGUUGGGGCCGACGCAAGAUCCUUCUUUCUGGUGCCACAGCUAUGGCCAUUUCACUAUCGCUCAUCUCUUACUUCCUCUUCCUCGACAUUAAGUGGACUCCUCGACUGGUUGUUCUGUUCGUCAUGAUCUACAAUGCCGCUUUUGGUUACUCAUGGGGACCUAUCCCUUGGCUUUAUCCUCCCGAGAUUCUCCCUCUCAGCAUUCGAUCAAAGGGUGCCAGUCUGUCUACAGCAACCAACUGGGCGGCCAACUGGCUUGUGGGUGAAAUGACGCCUAUUCUCCAGGAAUGGAUUAAGUGGCGCAUGUAUCUGGUUCAUGCAUUCUUUUGUGUGGCCAGUGUGAUUAUUGUAUACUUUAUCUACCCGGAGACCUGUGGUGUGCGCCUGGAAGAUAUGGACUCGCUGUUCGGAGACGCCAGUACCGUUGCUGGCACUCCUUCGUUACACGGCACCGAAACUGGUUCUUUGAUGAGGGCCGGAUCUCCUGUAGGGUCCUCUCGAGGGCUCAUUGGACCCUCAUCUGCCAUUCCUGGACUCUCCCUCGACCCCCCUGCGAUCGAUGAUGACAGCAAGUCUCAGAUACAGACCGGCGGUGAUGAACGAAGUAUUGGUGGUUGGCUAUCAAGAGUGGUCGGACGAAACAGGUCCGAUAGUGGCAGCAGCGCGCAAGGUCGGUAUGCUCCUCUUGAUCAACAAGAAGAGGGCCGUUUGAACCGACGUGAUGACUAUUGA